CCAGAGCUGCGACCCGCGCGCCCCGCUCCGCCGCCGCCCCGGCCCGGGCCGCCAUGUCUCUGUGGAAGAAAACCGUCUACAAGAGUGUGUGCCUGUCCCUGGCCCUGCUGGUGGCCGUAACGGUAUUCCAGCGCAGUCUGACUCCCAACCAGUUUCUGCAGGCACCCCCGCCCCCCACUCUAGAGCCACAAAAGGCUCAGAAGCCAAGCGGACACCUGGUGAACCCCAACAGUUUCUGGAAGAACCCGAAGGAUGCGGUAGCCCCCACGCCCAUGGCCUCACGAGGGCCCCAGACUUGGGACAUCAACAUCACUAACUGCUCGGUCAAUGUCAACUUGACCCACCAGCCCUGGUUCCAGGGCCUGGAGCCACACUUCCGGCAGUUUCUGUCCUAUCGCCACUGCCGAUACUUCCCCAUGCUGCUGAACCACCCGGAGAAGUGCCACGGUGACGUCUACCUGCUGGUGGUGGUCAAGUCGGUCAUCACGCAGCACGACCGCCGCGAGGCCAUCCGCCAGACCUGGGGCCGUGAGCAGGAGACGGUGGGCAGGGGCCGCGGCGCCGUGCGCACCCUCUUCCUGCUGGGAACGGCCUCCAAGCAGGAGGAGCGGGCCCACUACCAGCAGCUGCUGGCCUACGAAGACCGCCUCUACGGCGACAUCCUGCAGUGGGACUUCCUCGACAGCUUCUUCAACCUGACCCUCAAGGAGAUCCACUUCCUCAAGUGGUUUGACAUCUACUGCCCCAAAGUUCACUUCAUCUUCAAGGGCGACGACGAUGUCUUCGUCAAUCCCCCCAACCUGCUCGAAUUUCUGGCGGACCGGCAGCCACAGGAAGACCUGUUUGUGGGCGACGUCCUGCAGCACGCCAGGCCGAUCCGCAAGAAGGACAACAAAUACUACAUCCCGGGGGUUCUGUACAGCAAGGCCAGCUACCCGCCGUACGCGGGCGGAGGGGGCUUCCUCAUGGCCGGCAGCCUGGCCCGGCGCCUGCAUCACGCCUGCGACACCCUGGAGCUGUACCCCAUCGACGACGUCUUCCUGGGCAUGUGUCUGGAGGUGCUGGGCGUGCAGCCCACGGCCCACGAGGGCUUCAAGACUUUCGGCAUCUCUCGGAACCGCAACAGCCGCAUGAACAAGGAACCCUGCUUUUUCCGCUCCAUGCUUGUGGUGCACAAGUUGCUGCCCGCCGAGCUGCUGGCUAUGUGGGGGCUGGUGCACGGCAACCUCACCUGCUCCCGCAAGCUGCAGGUGCUCUGACCCCGGCCCGACCACCGGGCCGGGCGAGGGCAGGUGUUCCUGAGCCCCAGAAAUCAUGGGGCCGGAGCCGCAAAGCCAGGACGUGGUCUGUGGUCCCCUGCAGGGAGCUGGAGGGUUUGGGCCGUGUGCGCCCCUGGGUGUGAUGGGGUGCAGUUAGCCGGAAGGAGGCCUCCCUGCGCGGACACUCCCCAGAAAGUGGAGCUGAGGCCCAGGACCGUUGGGAACUGCCCGGACCGCGGGAGGAUCAUCUUGGGAACCAGGCCACCGGCCACUGGUCGCCCUCCUAACCUGGGUGCCCUGCUUGGCUCCCCGUGACCUGGUGGAGGCCCUGGCGGUCUCUGAAGGAAGCCGGUGCUCAGGUACCCGGGUUAGGCCUGACCCCGGACGGGUCUGUGGCGGCCCUCUCUUCUUCACAGAGAAGAUUCUCGUUCUCCCAUGAAAUGCCUCAGUCUCCCCCCGCUGGGCCCAAGCAGCCCUUUCAGGAGAAGCUCAGCCCUGUGCAGGCUCACAGGCCCCCCCUUCCCCCACAGUCCCCGCCCCUGGGUCUCCAGGAGACAGAACCUCAGAAGGCCCUCAGCGCCGCCCCCGCCCCCCAGACCCGCCUGGAGUUGCUGCUCAGUGUCUGCUCCCAGGUGGCCUGACUCCUGGCCGUGGCCUGUGAUGCUCCAUCCGCCCCUGUCUGGACGCGCGGCUGGCCGCUCCGACUACCUCAGCGAUCCUCAGAACCUCCGGGCGGGCCGCAGCCCCCCCAACCCCACCCCUGACACAGGGCCAGAGAGCAGUGCUCCAGCCCCCCGCGGUCACGGUGCUGCCCCACCGGCCCAGGGCCCUCGUGCAGUCCCACUGAGGCCUGGCUCCCCGGCCGGAAACCAGCUGGUUUGGCCCUGGAGAUGGACGUUCCUCUAUUACUGUGAAGUUUUAUUUAUGAAGAAUCUGGAAGGAGAGAGUGCCAGGCCUCAGGAGAUGGUGGUAUUCUUCCCUCCCCUUCCCUCAUUCCAGCAAGAGUCCACCUCCCUCGGCCACUCGCCUCCCCCCAGAGCACCCCCAUGCCCGUCACAGCGACCCCCCACCCCCACCCAAAACCCUGCCCUCCCUGCACGCCUACUUCUCCAGGGCCUGAGCAGACCAGCGUGUGCCUCUGGGAGGGGAUGGAGGGACCCUUGUGUUCCACCUCGCCCGGGGCCGGGGGUCCUUGUGGAUGGGUGCAGAAGGAUGCCACCUCAUUUCUCAGGGUGGAGUCACCUGGGAAGCGACUGCGGGAUCAACUCUGUUUUCUCAAUAAAAGGAGGUGGUUGUUUUCUGGUGUGAAA